CUAAAUAAAGGGAUUUGCUUAUGGCCUCUUCUAUCGGGAGCGGUAAACUAAAAAUGGAAAAGAUAAAUACGAGGCCAAGCAAAAGAUUCGAAGGGAAAGUCGCGAUCGUCACGGCUUCGACUCAGGGCAUCGGCUUCAGUAUCGCUGAACGGCUCGGCUUUGAAGGCGCCUCUGUUGUUGUCUCCUCUCGAAAGCAGAAAAAUGUAGAUGAAGCUGUUGAGAAUCUCAAAGCUAAAGGAAUUGAAGUGUUUGGAGUUGUUUGCCACGUGUCAAAUGCUCAACAGAGGAAGAAUCUCAUAGACAAGACUGUUCAGAAAUAUGGGAAAAUAGAUGUGGUUGUUUCGAAUGCCGCUGCCAAUCCGUCUGUUGACAACAUUUUGGAAACCAAAGAAUCUGUUCUUGACAAACUGUGGGAAAUUAAUGUCAAAUCCGCAAUACUUGUUCUACAGGAUGCAGCUCCUCAUUUGCAGAAGGGCUCUUCUGUUGUUUUAGUUUCCUCUAUAGCUGGCUAUCAACCACAAGGGUCUAUGGCGAUGUAUGGAGUAACUAAAACGGCCCUCCUUGGGUUAACCAAGGCCCUUGCAGCAGAGAUGGCCCCAGAUACUCGUGUGAAUUGUAUUGCUCCUGGUUUUGUACCAACACACUUUGCAAAUUUUAUCACGAGUAAUCCUACAGUUAGGAAGGCCAUUGAGGAGAAGACUUUGCUUAAUAGGCUUGGUACCACGGAUGACAUGGCUGCUGCUACUGCUUUCUUAGCAUCUGAUGAUGCGGCCUACAUUACAGGAGAAACUUUAGUGGUGGCUGGAGGAAUCCCAUCUCGACUUUAAGCAUUUCUCAGCAAAUCAUCGUAAUUUCUAAUUAUUAUACAAUAAUACUUAAUAUAUAAACAGUUGCUACAAAUAAGGAGGUAUAAACGAAUUGAUAAAAUAUUAUAUUAUUAAGUGAUUUUAAAUUAAAAAUAAAAUAAAUAAUUAGAUUAUUUAA